CACAGCGAAGCACCAGCGAAGUUGGAGCUGGAAUCCGAACCACCCGGAAACCCAAACCAACCUCAACGCGUCUUCUUCUCUUCUUCGCCCCAAUCUCUGAUCCGUCCAGUUGACCCAAAGCUAGAGUCUUUCUUGCUUCUCCUGAGUCCUGACUUCUUGAUCCACCGAUUGUUCUUCGAUUUCUUGCUUCUUGAUUCGUCGCCGCUGCUGCUGCUGGAGGCAGAAAGGGAGCACAAGAUCGAGCAAUCCAAGCUGCAAUUAGAGGAGGAGGAAGAGGAAGAGGAGGAGGAUGCUGAGAAGGGCGGGGAAAGGGGAGGUUGCAGAUGGGUUCUACCAGAUUCGCUCGGAUUGCACCCACAAGGUCCCCGAGACCAAGUUCAAGAUCAAGGUUGGGAAAACGUUGAGCGUUCGGAAAUGGCAUGCUGCGUUUACGCGUGAAGGCCGUUUGGAUAUUGCUUCGGUUCUGAACCGGAUACAGAAAGGGGGUGUCCAUCCUACAAUCAGGGGAGAGGUCUGGGAGUUUUUACUUGGCUGUUUUGAUCCUGGGAGCACUUUUGAUGAGCGCGAGCAGAUUAGGGAGAAAAGAAGACGAUCUAUGUAGAAUACAAUAUGCCAUAUGGAAGCAAGAAUGCAAAGAUAUGGACUCCCAUGUUGGUAGCGGUAAAAUUAUCACAGCCCCAAUUAUAACUGAGGAUGGAAAACCUAUUAAGGAUCCUUUGGUUUUGCUCGAAGCUACUUCAGACCAGCACACAAUGCAAGGUAGUUCAUCCAGCAGCAGGAACGAAAAUGAGGUGGACAAGUCCGAAAAUUGUGUGGUGGAUAAACAAAUUAUCGAAUGGAAGCUUUUGCUACAUCAAAUUGGCCUUGAUGUGCUGCGCACUGAUCGAUCCAUGGUGUUUUAUGAGAACAAAGAAAAUCUUUCGAAGUUAUGGGAUAUUCUUGCUGUAUAUGCUUGGAUCGACAAAGAAAUUGGCUAUUGUCAAGGAAUGAGUGAUUUAUGCUCACCGAUGAUAGUGCUGCUCAACGACGAAGCAGAUGCAUUUUGGUGCUUUGAGAGAUUAAUGCGUAGACUGCGAGGAAAUUUCAGAUGCACACAGCAAUCUGUUGGGGUGGAGAACCAGCUUCAGCACCUUGCGUCUAUCAUUCAAGUGCUUGACCCAAAAUUACAUGACCACCUAGAAACACUUGGUGGGGGUGAUUAUCUCUUUGCAUUCCGCAUGUUCAUGGUAUUGUUUCGGCGUGAAUUAUCAUUUGGGGACUCACUAUACCUUUGGGAGAUGAUGUGGGCUCUAGAAUAUGAUCCUGACAUCUUCUCCACAUAUGAACAUAUUGAUGCUGCAACUGGUGUAACUCCAGGACAUAGGCAAAAAGUAAAAUCAAUUCGCCAAUUUGGCAAGUACGAGAGAGACAAUAUGAAGAAUGGGGCUACUAGUGACAACGAUGGUCCUGUUCCGAUUUCUGUUUUCCUGGUUGCUAGUGUUCUGAAGGAGAACAGUGCGAAGCUCCUGCAGGAAGCUCGAGGGAUUGAUGAUGUUAUUAGGAUUUUGAAUGAUGUUAAUGGGAAUUUGGAUGCGAAAAAGGCUUGCGCUGUUGCAUUGAAACUUCACAGGAAAUACCUUAAAAAGAUCCAGGGAAAGAAGCCAUAACAACGAGCUCCGGGUUACUCCUGGUUUUGAUCGUGGCUCUGUUUUACUCCUGCUUUUCUCCUAAUUUGUGAGAAAAAUGUACAAAGUUCGUUAAUUUGUGGCUGGUAAGAAUUCUACCACUAAACUAUAGCCACCAUAUAACACACGGAGAAUAUUACAUGUAACAUUAUUUAUUGAUGAAUCAAUGGAGGCCAAAGGGAAACAACUCAUGGUUGCUUUUA